CUGACCAUAAAUCAAAUCUGAGCGGAGAUAAUCAUCUAAGGACACUUUUCCUUUUCAAAAUUAUUAUUUAUUAAAUUUAUUAUUAUUAUUAUUAUUAUUAUUAUUAUUAUUAACACACUUUUCCCUCAGCGACACCUUCGUCGACUGCGGGGCAUGCCGGGCGGAGGCCGCGUCGGCGGCGCGUGACGCAGUUCCGCUCCCGCCGCCGGGCGCGCGGGAUGUUUUGAACGCGCUCUCGUGGGACCGUUGGGUUGGCUGGUUGCCGUGGCGACCGCUGCUGGUGCCGAGUCCCGGCCCGGCGUGAGGGAGGCGCUUCCGGGUCGAGAGUUUCUCCCCGGCGUUAAUCUCUCUGCCGGGGGGCUGCCCUCCGCCGCCCCCCAAAUCCGCGCUGGGCGGAGGCCGCUGUCUUGCCUCUUCUGCUCCCUGGGGAAAAGGGGGGUGCGAGGGGAGGCAAAGGUGUGAGGAUGGGAGAAGCUGCCGCUUCCUUGUCCGGUGGUAUCUUAUCCCAUUUGGAAAAGCUGGAGGCUUCUGCUCACAAAGUAGCACUGAAAAAAAGGGAACUGAGACAACAUGAGGAGAAUGUGAAUAGGAUGAAAGUAAGGAUCCAGGAACUGCGAUGUCGGAGAGAUGAGCUGAGAACCAAACUGAAAGUGUGUCACUCUCGGGUUGUUGGGAUCAAAGACAAAACCAAAAGUGACUCUCUGACUUCUCAGGCUACAGAGACCAGCCAACAAGCCCUCUUGGAGUGGAAGAUUGAGAAUGCCAAGGGCCUGCUGAAGGUCUUUCGUCUGACAGGCCUCAGUGGGAAACUGACUAAGCAAGGAGUCUGUCUGUACAUCAGCACUGCCUUUGAAGGCAACUACCUGGACUCCUAUUACCUGGAUCUCCAUAUGCAGCAGCCAAUCCGGAUCCAGCGCCACUCUGUUCCAGCCUUCAUCCCCUUGGAGCAAAUAGCUCACAAGCAUUUGCAGACAGACACCAAACGCUUCUUGUCUGUGCUCUCAAAUCACCUGAAUGCUUAUGCUGGGAGGAAAUUCCAGGCAGAUCAGUUACAGGAGCGUUUCGCUGCUUUCCUCGAAGGACGUUUGCAGGGGAAUUCCUUGUACAACCUGUUGGAAUUUAACUAUGGCGUGUCGGGAGAAGGCAAGACUUUCCCAUUCACAGCAAAGCUAACUUAUGGAGACCCCAUGAGUGCCCUCCCAACGGAGGUCACUGUUACAUGUAAAGAAAAUGCUCCAGCCUCUUUGCGAGACAUGGCAGUGGUUCAUUUGACUUUGUUCCAAGAGAAAUCUCUUUAUGAAGUCUUUCGCUCCAUCGCAGCCUCAGAAGAAAAUCUGAGUCACCCUGUUUUACUGGAGCUGCCAGUCCCCUCCACAAGUGUGGCUUCCGGUGGUGACAGGGUUCUCUCUGAGGCACCUGCAGUGUGAAUUAUCUCUCGACAAGUGAACAAGUGGCACCUCGGAGUACUCCAGAUUGGUCCUAUCUAGAAAACCUCCAUCAUGUAUGUUACUGAAGGGAUGUCUUCAACUUUCUCAGAAGCUUAUUGUUAACUUGAAGUUCACUGCUAGUCUAAUGGGAAAAGUGUGCACCUCCCAAGUUGUGUGAUUAAUCCAAAGAGUGAUGGAAACAAAUAUGGGCAGAAGGCUCUGCUAGCAGUUGCUAAACCCCAGUGUAAGCCUGGAAGUUUGUUCACUUUUCAGUCCUUGUGCUUUCUGUGACAUGUGAGUCAUGCCCGUCCUUACUAUGAAAGGGAUUGAAACAUGUUUCUUGUGGCAGGAUUCACACUGGAAGUGGCUCUUUGCUUAUCUUUCCUGUUGAGAUUGGCUAGAGCAGCCUUUCCCAACCAGUGUGCCUCCAGAUGUUGUUGGACCACAAUUCCCAUCUUUCCUGACCAUUGACAAUGCUGGCUGAGGCUGAUGGGAGUUGUGGUCCAACAACAUCUGGAGGCACACUGGUUGGGAAAGGCUGGGCUAGAGGUUUUUUGAUUCUUCAGGUUUUAAGACAGAGGGAUGGGGAAGCUUCAUGGCAUUUCUUCUCCAGAGAACUGGCCUUGGGCCACGUCCACCAAGAUGCUACCUCCCAAACAGCUGGCAGUGGUCCAAAAGCAGCUGAAACUUUGUGGAGAACCUUUAUUAUGUAAUAUUGGCAUUUAGAUUUUUUAUUAAUUUUUUUCUACCUAAUUCACAGUAUGUUUCAAAAUAAAUUAGUUGCUUACAUGUGAAGCACAUAAUAUAAAAGGCUCAACUGGUGAGAAGGCAUACAAAAAUCUAUAGCUUUAAGGUACCUCAAAGCACAUGUGCUUAUUUAUGUCGAGGCUAACCUACUCUUCAGAAAAGCUAAUAAAGACUACCAGCUUA